AUGGCGUCUUUAUUCCAUUUUACUAUUCUUUUAUUCCACCUGCUAGGUGUCUUUGCCAACACACUACAGCAAGGUGGAUACAGAGUUAAGCUUGAAGAAAAUGUUUACAAAGUGUUCUCAGAACACUUCUACGACAAUCAGUCACCUCUUACCGUCGUACAAUUCGAUGAAUCUGAAACCUCAAUAAGCGUCCUGGAAGCAUAUAAUCAGUUUGAACCAGCACACAAGGGCAAGCUAACCCUACUUGAUAUCUUGAGAGAGCUCUGUAACUUUGCAGGAGUGAAUCCUCAUAAAUUAGAAGCGGCCACAUUCAAGAUGAGGGAAACACAGAUACGCAAGGCCUUUCAGGAUUACAUAAAAGAACACCCUUUGAAGCGGGGUGUAAGCAGCAUUACGAUUACAAAACAUAACAGCGCCUGGAACGAUUUCAAAAGCACUCCCUACGUACAGACUGUACAAAGCCUAGUUGGGAACAAGGAGAUAGAC